CGUGUGUAGUGUUGUGUAAAGUCUUGAAAAGCUCAGGCCUUCCUCCUGCUGUUGGUUUAAUGCUCUUUAACAAUGUGGCUUUACAACUUUCUGCUGGGUUUUGACCUCAAGGGGAUAUUCCUGUUUAUUUUCAUCUUUAUCCUAAUAGCAGACUUCCUCAAAAACAGGAAUCCUGCUAAUUUUCCUCCAGGACCUUUCGCUCUUCCUGUUGUGGGGAAUUUCUUCAGUGUGGACAAUGUACAUCCACACAAAUAUUUUACCAAGCUUGCUGACAUUUAUGGGAAUGUGUUCAGCAUCCGCCUUGGAAGUAACAAGAUGGUGUUUGUGUCUGGGUACAAGAUGGUGAAGGAAGCCUUAGUGACACAAGCCAACAACUUUGUGGACCGACCACACAGUGCAUCACAAGACAGGUUUUACUCAGGAGACUCAGGACACCCAGGUGGUUUGUUCGUGAGCAAUGGUGAAAGAUGGAAGAGACAGCGACGCUUUGCCCUGUCCACCUUACGUGGCUUUGGCCUGGGAAAAAACGCCACUGAGUUGAAAAUUUGUGAGGAGAUCAGAUACCUUCAGGAGGAGAUAGAGAAGGAGAAAGGUGAACCUUUUAACCCAGAAGGCAUCUUCAACAACGCUGUGUCCAACAUCAUUUGCCAGCUGGUAAUGGGGAAGCGGUUUGAAUACAGCGACCACAACUUUCAGACUAUGCGGAGGUAUCUUGCUGACAUUUUUCAGCUGGAGGGGUCUGUAUGGGGUAUGCUAUAUGACUCUUUCCCCGGAGUAAUGAAGCACUUACCAGGUCCUCACAACAAAAUGUUCAACCAAUUUAAUGCCAUCCUCGACUUCAUCAGUCAGGAGGUAAAGCGCCACAAGAGGGACCUGGACCGCAGUGAUCCUCGGGACUACAUUGAUGCUUUCAUUAUUGAAAUGGAAAAUCACAAAGAUUCUGAUCUGGGCUUCACCGAGACCAAUCUGGCUCUGAACUCCUCGGAUCUAUUCCUGGCUGGAACGGAGACAACGUCCACUACUCUGCUGUGGGCUUUGGUUUACCUCAUCAAGAAUCCUGAUAUCCAGGAUAAAGUCCAGGCAGAGAUAGACAGAGUGAUCGGACAGACCCGACAGCCCAGUAUGGCAGACAGACCUAACCUACCCUACACUGAUGCUGUCAUCCACGAGGUCCAGAGGAUGGGAAACAUUAUUCCUCUCAAUGCACCCAGAAUGGCAACCAAGGAUACGACACUGGGUGGUUACUUCAUACCCAAGGGUACGACCUUGAUGUCCAACCUGACCUCUGUGCUGUUUGACAAGAGUGAAUGGGAGACUCCAGACACCUUUAACCCUGGACACUUCCUAGAUGCUGAGGGAAAGUUUGUGAAGAGAGAAGCUCUCCUGCCUUUCUCUGCAGUCGUGCAUAUGUGUUUGUGGACUCUUCAGGGAAACGCGUGUGUCUUGGAGAAGGCCUCGCCAAGAUGGAGUUAUUCCUGUUUUUCGUUGGUUUACUGCAGAAGUUCUCUUUCUCCGUUCCUGAUGGAGUAGAGUUGAGUACAGAAGGAGUAACUGGAACAACACGUGUACCGCACCCCUUCAAGGUUUACGCCAAAGCUCGCUGAAUUUUGAGACAUCUCACCAAACUAUUUUAUGUAUAUACAAUGUGAAACAAAUUAGAACAAGCAAAAUGCUUUACGAGACAAAGCUGUAGUUUCCUUAUUAAUCAAAUUUUUUUACUGCUGCAUUAUACCUCAUGCAUUCAGGGCCUGUUUAUUUUUUCUUUGAUUAUGUAAGUGAUAAAGCAUUUUCUCAAAAUAUUCUGUAUUAACCGCACUGUUUAUGUGACAUUUCUCUUUCCUCUGUUAAUAAUGAUAAAACAUAAAAAAGA